AUGAGAUUCGGCCAGGACUACCACAGGUACCAGGUGCCGGAAUGGGCAACAUUCUACGUCCCAUAUCUCUCAUUAAAAAGGCUAUUUAACAAGGCCGUCAGGAUAGCGGGCCCUACAAAACAGCAACCGAAUUUUACAGAAUUAUAUGAAGGUCUCGAGUGUAGCAUCGAUUCUUUCAACUGCUUUCACCACGAAAACUAUCAAUUCCUAACCAAAAGGGAAGCGGACAUUCGCAAAAAGUAUGGAUUGGUACUUGAAGUGAAUACUCCAGAAACAGAGAAUGCAAACUGCCGUGAGUUGGAGAACCUCCUCAAAGCUAUGACAGAACUCGGCAAGGACUUGGAAAAGCUGCAAUGGUACUAUCGGGUGAAUGGGGAAGCUAUCCAGAGGAUAUAUGCAAAGCUCGAAAAAUUUCACAAUUUGAUCGGCCCGCCCCACCAAAACCACAAAUCCAAGUGGAUAAAACUGAAAAGCGAUUGCGAUACCCUAUAUUUGAAGCACACCGAAAGCUUGAAUGCUUUGAUAGCUGGGAUCGUUCGAACCCGCACUGGUGCAAAGCUUCACUCGACAUCUAUAUCUAUGUGUCUGGAAAGUACCUGUGGUCAAUCUCCACUUUCUCAUUCCUUCCGCAAGGCUUUAUACUCCGCUAUCAGGGAUGACCAGCCGUCGAAGUUGGCCAAUUUACUGGAUGAGAUGUACUUGAAUAAUAGAAUGUCAAAGUCGACCUUUCGAGAAAUUGUCUUUGGCUUAGCAGAGCUAUCAGUGACCUGUCAUUCUAGACAAUCCACUGGCUUUCUGUUUUCAGAAGCAUUCCCAAAAUAUGCCAUUGCAUUAGACCACAAGGUCUUAAACCAUAUAAUCGUCCUUUCCUGUCGAGAUGGAGCUUUAGAAGAACACAAUAAGCCGAGGGACUGCUCUUGGUGUUUUGCUAGCAAGCAUGGUGAAACAGGGAACAGCCUGUUUCUUUACAUAGUUGAGCACCUUGACUAUGGGCGAAGAGAUAUCUUAUCAGCAAAGGAUGCUUUUGGUCGCAUUUCUCUCCACUAUAGUGCAAUCUAUGGAUCGCCAGUCAUCUGUCAAUCGAUUUUAAAUAUAGCUCAGUAUUGGGGCCAGGAUUACCCUGCACGCUUAAUCUUGUCAUCGGACUCCCAGCGAUUCACUCCUUUACACUACGCGGUGAUUAACAACCAUGCAACCGCUACAAAGAUUUUGUUAACUUCCGUUGGAUUUAUGAAUCAAAUAGGUGACAAAAACCUGGGCAAGAAUGCAAUGGAUACCCUGGAGGAUCUUCUUUUUAUCGCCAUAAAAUACCAGUACGACGAGAUAGUUUAUCUGCUUGCGAAAUGCCACUUCGAGUUUCACCGCCGAUCUAGUAAUGGAGAGACCGCUCUUUAUGCUGCGGCUCGAUGUGGGCGCGAGGAGUAUGUGGAGAUACUCCUGAAAAAUGGCAGAACUACCGAUAUCAAUAUCCCUGAAACUAUACAUGGCUGGACACCUUUAUUUAUCGCAUGUGUGGAGGGUCAUCAAUCUGUGGCCAAGCUUCUCAUACAGGCUGGAGCGAAUCAGGAUAUACGUGACCACUUCGGUUGGGCCGCAAAUGAGCAUGCGGUAUUGCGGGGGCAUCUAGCUAUGGCUGAAUUGCUGAACUCAUGGAACAUAGAGAAACUAUCAGGUGGCCCAGCCAGCAUGCCCUUGAAACUCUUGCCUGAUACCAAGUCCCACUUUCGACCUGAUCAGUGCUACGCAGUUGUCAAUUUUGGUGUCCUACAAAAUGGCAAGCACGUGGAGGCGGUCGAGUGGAGAGGUCCUUCUUCUACUUCAGGACUUUCAAUUGAAGUAUCGCUCUCGGAGGCGAGCAAUGCAAGUCAGCUUGUGGAGCUACCCAUUUUGACUGAUAUGGUCAAUCAGCCUUUCGUGUUUCCGGUUACAGAUCCCAAUCAAGCCUGGCUAACGUUCAAAAUGCUACGUACUAAUCCUUUUCAAAAAAGGGAAUAUAACCUCUUGGGCAGUGGUGCAGCUUUACUUAAAAGUCUCAACCAUGGUCUUGGAGAAUACCGUGAAAGCCUUGACAGAGCGCGUACUAUCCCAAUUCUUGAAAAGAACACGUUAAGAGUUAUCGGUACUGUGACUUUUACAUUAGUCAUUGUCAAACCAAUGGCUCGUCCGCUUCCUCCUUUGAAAAAUCCUUGCAUCUCGAGAGGCUUACAACUUGUUGGUCACAGAGGACUCGGCCAAAACACUGGCAGCCGCAGCUACCUCCAACUAGGGGAGAAUACGAUAGAGUCAUUCCUUUCAGCUGCAAAGCAGGGUGCCACUUUUGUUGAGCCAGAUGUGCAGCUAACCAGAGAUCUUGUGCCUGUCAUUUAUCACGAUCUUUCGUUGAGUGAAUCAGGAACGGAUAUUCCCAUUCAUGAUUUGAGCUUUGAACAGUUUAUGUUCGCAAGUAAGCUACAGUCACCGAGAGGUGAUCCGGUAUCCGUCCUUGAAAGAGCAAACACUCGGAGCUUGGGGGCUGGGACCGGUCGAACCAAACUUCGCUCACGAUCAUCAACGAGGGGUCACGACGGAAGAACCCUGGAGUUUUACGAUAGAAUGAAGUAUACUGUUGAUUUUAUGGAUAAAGGGUUUAAGCCUAAUACCCGGGGUGAUUUUAUCCAAGAUUCGUUUGCUACGUUUGAGGAACUGCUUGAGAAAUUGCCCGACACAAUCGGAUUCAAUAUUGAGAUAAAGUAUCCUAGGCUUCAUGAGGCGAUUGGUGCAGGUGUUGCACCUGUGGCUAUUGAGAUCAAUACAUUCAUCGAUAAAAUACUCGAUAAGCUUUUCUCUCAUGUUGGCUGUAAACGGCCCAUAAUUCUCUCCUCUUUCACCCCCGAAGUCUGCAUUCUUUUGGCCAUAAAACAACAGACGUACCCUAUCAUGUUUAUUACUAAUGCCGGCAAGCCUCCGAUGACGGACAAGGAAAAAAGGGCCAGCAGUUUGCAGACUGCAAUUCGUUUUGCAAAGCGGUGGAACUUAACUGGGAUUGUCUUCGCAUCUGAGGCACUGUAA